AUGACUGGGGGAGUACAAGGACGUCUCGAGCGAAUCGAAGCUGAACUUGGCGGAUUGCCAGUGCAGUCUUUCUGUACAUAUGUAGUAUUGGCAAUGCAUGGUCUGACUCGACUCGAACUUUACGAUCUUCUUUCGAGCAAUGUCGAUUUGAUGACUAGGCUAGGCGUAUCGGCUGGCUUUCCACCGCUGCUACUUGACAGGAUUAUAGAAGCUUUGGGUAAGAAGCUUUAA